AUGCAGGAGAUCCCCGAGAUCCUGGGUGGGAACCGAGUGCAGAAAAGAGCGAGUGUUCUCCGGGACCCAGCAGAUCCUUUUGUCUGUAGCACUCUCAGAGCCUCGGGGUUACCCGGUUGGUGUGAGGGUAGGGUCCUGAGGGAGCUCCAGCAUUCUCCUCUCCACGAAGCUCAGAGAAGGGUUCGUCCGACCCUCACCUCCAGAGCCCUGACCUCUGAGCAUCAGCGCCUGGCCGGCAGGGCACCUCUGUUUCCUAAGGGCUCCUCCGGAUCUUCUCAUGUGUCCUCCGUAUCUGACGCCCCACAGGUAAGUGACGAAAGGGCAGAAAGGAAAGUGUUGGGAUGUGGACAUGGAGUUCCUGAUCCCGGAGGCGGGCCUGGUGACUGGAGGCUGGGACCCCAAGAGGCCGUGGCCCGGGAGAGGCAGCGAUUGGAAGAAGACAAGGAGAAAGAACCGAAAAAACGCAUAAAGAACGGAUCAGCCGCCGAGGACCAGGAGGCCGUGGUUGACAAGUUCCUGAGCGACGGAGGCGACCCCAGCGCCCACGACAAGCUUCACCGCACCGCCUUACACUGGGCCUCUCUGAAGGGUCACAGCCAGCUGGUGGCCAAGCUGUUGGAAGCAGAGUCCCUCACCAAAUGA